GUAAUUAACAGCCAGUCGGAUGGGAAUAAAUUUCAAUAUGGCUACAUAGAUGAAGUUACUCCGUUCGUCUGUGGAUUAUUUACGAACUAUUGGCCACAACUUUGGUCCAAUAUGUCGAGUCACACUGCCAGAACAACAAGAUACAGCACAAGAAGGCUUCGGAAACGACCAGUUGUGAAACAAGCGUCUACAAGACGCCAGAAUGAGGAAAAUGCCAACAUACAGAACACAGACAAUGAAGAUGACUCAAGCAGUAAGCCAUGUCAUAUGCGAUACAACCUAAGAAAACGCCAACCAGAGGGCAGUACUAGUCCAUACACUGGAGGGCGAAGUCACAGUCUCUCCGAGUCCUGCACACCAGCUAAGAGGAGGCGCAAAUCAUCCACUCGCUCUGUUGCUCCAUACCUGAAAGGAUGCCUGGUUGGAGCACACUAUCUUCAACAGGACUUACCAGAUGAAGUACUGCUGAAGAUCUUUAGUUACCUGUUGGAAUUUGACCUUUGUAGAAUUGCAUGUGUUUGCAAACGUUUUCGUAUCAUUGCAAAUGACACAGAACUUUGGAAAGAUAUUUAUCAGGAUAUAUUUGAGUAUGAUUUCCCACUCAUGCAUCCAGAACCAAGGGUUUUUCGAUUUGUACAACCACACGAGAAUGAAUAUGAAAAUCCAUGGAAAGAAAGCUUUAAACAUCUGUAUAAAGGAAUCCAUGUUAGACCUGGUUUUCAAGAAAUGUACAUGGACCACUCACGUGGAAGGAGACUUCGGGGCAGGGACAUGACAUGCUUUGAGACAAUUGAGCAGGCCUACAGUUUUGUUGAUGCUGAGGAGAUUGAGAGUCCGUUGAUUCUGGUCCACUCUGGUCUAUACCAGGGGGAGUACCUAUUUGUGGACACGAAUGUCUCCAUUAUAGGAGCAGCACCUGGAAAUGUGAUAGACCAUGUGGUGAUAGAGAGAGAAAGUGAAUCCACCGUGAUGUUUGUAGAAGGAGCCAAGGAAGCUUAUCUGGGAUAUGUUACGCUGCGUUUCUCACCUGACAUCACAUCUACAGUACCCCACCAUAAACACUACGCCCUGGAGGUGACUGAGAAUUGCUCACCUGUUGUAGACCACCUCCGUAUCAGAAGUUCUUCUGUUGUUGGUGCUGCUGUAUGUGUGUCAGGAUCAGGAGCAGACCCGGUCAUCAAACACUGUAAGAUCAAGGACUGUGAGAAUGUUGGCCUGUAUGUCACCGACUAUGCGCAGGGGAGCUAUGAAGACAAUGAGAUCAGUGGGAAUGCCUUGGCAGGAAUUUGGGUAAAAAACCAUGCUAAUCCCAUCAUGAGGAGAAACCAUAUACACCAUGGAAGGGAUGUGGGUAUUUUCACCUUCGACAAUGGCCUGGGUUACUUUGAGGCUAAUGAUAUCCACAACAACAGAAUUGCUGGUUUUGAGGUGAAAGCUGGUGCUAACCCCACAGUGGUCCGGUGUGAAAUCCACCAUGGACAAACCGGUGGAGUGUAUGUGCACGAAAAUGGGCGUGGCCAGUUCAUAGAAAACAAAAUCCACUCAAAUAACUUUGCUGGAGUGUGGAUCACUUCAAACAGUGAUCCUACCAUCAGAAAAAAUGAAAUCUACAACGGUCAUCAAGGGGGCGUGUACAUAUUUGGAGAAGGAAGAGGUUUAAUAGAGCACAAUAAUAUCUACGGCAAUGCCUUAGCUGGUAUCCAGAUCAGGACAAACAGUAACCCUAUAGUCCGCCACAACAAGAUUCAUCAUGGCCAACACGGGGGUAUUUAUGUGCAUGAAAAGGGCCAGGGUCUUAUAGAGGAGAACGAGGUGUACUCCAACACGCUGGCCGGGGUGUGGAUCACCACAGGUAGUACGCCUGUACUGAGGAAAAACCGCAUCCACAGUGGCAAGCAGGUGGGAGUGUAUUUCUAUGACAACGGACAUGGUGUUUUAGAAGACAAUGAUAUCUUUAACCACUUGUAUUCUGGAGUUCAAAUAAGGACAGGAAGCAAUCCUUUGAUUCGCAAAAACAAGAUAUGGGGAGGACAGAAUGGUGGUAUUUUAGUGUACAAUAGUGGACUGGGUAUGAUUGAGUGUAAUGAAAUAUUUGACAAUGCUAUGGCUGGUGUGUGGAUUAAAACAGACAGUAACCCGGUGCUUCGCCACAACAAGAUCCACGACGGCCGUGAUGGGGGUAUCUGCAUAUUCAACGGAGGCAAAGGAAUUCUUGAGGAAAAUGACAUCUUCAGGAAUGCUCAGGCAGGCGUACUCAUCAGCACAAACAGUCAUCCAGUAUUACGAAGGAAUAGAAUAUUUGACGGCAAUGCGGCAGGAGUUGAAAUCACCAACAAUGCCACAGCAACAUUAGAGGGUAACAAAGUCUUCAACAACAAGUUUGGGGGACUGUGUCUCGCAAGCGGGGUCAACCCAAAACAAAAAGAUAAUGUGAUCAGUGGUAACCACAACAUGGUACAGAGGGCUGUAUCUAGAGGCCAGUGUCUAUACAAGAUCUCCAGUUAUACAAGUUUUCCCAUGCACGACUUCUACAGGUGUCGGACGUGUAAUACAACAGAGCGCAAUGCUAUUUGUGUGAACUGUAUAAAAUCCUGCCAUGCUGGCCAUGAGGUUGAGUUUAUUCGUCAUGAUAGGUUUUUCUGUGAUUGUGGAGCUGGCACUCUGAACAAUCAAUGUCAGCUACAAGGAGAGCCGACACAGGACACAGACACAUUGUAUGAUUCUGCUGCACCAAUGGAAACACACACGCUCAGAGUCAACUGACCAAUGGCCAAACACAAAUAUCAGCUGACCAAAGGCUUACAGCAUUGGCAGUGUCAGUGAAGAGCAAGACUCUUCGGCUUGUCAACCCGGCUGGUACCAGGCUGUUUGUGGUACAUGGCCAUCUGUUGGGCAUUUGUUGUGUCUCCAGCUUUUCCAAAAAUGAAUGAAGGACAGUGUAUUAUUCAAAGAAUCACACAAGUUGGAUUCAGGAAGAGUAUGAAAUAGGAGACCAUAUUACUUUGGAAACCCAAAUGGUUUACAUACAUUACACUUGAGUGAUGUUGUGAUGGCAUUUAAUGCUGCAGUGCAGAUGGUUACAUUUAGAAAUCUCUAUUUAAUUAUAUACAUGUUGGAGCACAUGUAGAUCUGAUAUAUUGUGAGCCUAGAAGGUGAGAGGAAGACAUGGAUGACGUUGUGUGGGUGUUGAGCGAGCAGAAUAUAUUAUAUGUAGAUUAACACCAUAUACUGUGCUAUGUAAUUCUAUAGAACCACAAGUUUUACAUGUGGUUCAAUUCAUCGAUAGGUUGCUUCAUUCCAACUUGUCCAUCACUAUCAAAAGCAUUGGAAUAAAAUGUAGUAACAUGCGAUUCUGUGUGGCUAACAAAUCAGUACCUAGCUACAUAGUAGCAUAAUCAAUGUUUCAGUGAAAUGUGAAAUUUAAAUGUUUUAUUGUUUAAAUUAAUGACAGCCUUUGUGGUGUCUGUUAAUUUUAUGAAA